AGAAUAUUAAGAAAAGAAGUGUUUCUGUAACACUUUAUUUUGAAUUCUCAUUACACAUCCAAUGGAAUUUUAGGAGUAGAGAGAAUAAAUAAACUUACAUAUAUAUAUAUUAUACUCUAAUAUCCAGCUGAAAUUAAAAGAAAGCAGCAAAACAAAACAAAAAAAAAGACUAUGAAGUCAUAAAGCAGAAAAUGAAAGUGUUGUCAAAAGCAUACACAGGGGGGAAAACCUUAAAAACCAACAAAUGAUGAAAGAAAACUUCUCCUACAGAAUAAUUAAAUGUCAAGAUUUUGGAGAAAUGGGAGUCCACAAAUAACUUCAAAGCACCCAGCAUAGCACUCAGAAUUUAUACACAGGAAAGAAGGAACAUUAGAGCCUGUGCUUACCAUGAAUGCUUUGGUCGUGAUACAGAUUGGCCUCAUACUGUCAAGCACCACCAUCACCUCCAGCCUUCAGUGCCACCACCUCCCUUUACAGCAAAGGAAAGUGAUUGAGAACAGCCUGCGACUCUUGGAUAAAAUGGGAAAAGAAUUUCCUCAACAAUGUCAAAGAGAGAAAAUGUCCUUCAGAUUUCCUAUGCAGGUUCUUCAGCCCAGGCAGAAAGAGACUGUUGGAGUUGCCAUUGAACAGAUCUUCCAACAUAUCUUCUAUAUCUUUAGCAAAAAUCUGACUCUAGCUGCUUGGGAUGGAACAGCUCUGGAUCAGCUCCAAAAUGGACUUUAUCUGCAAAUUGAGCAAUUGGAGGAAUGUGUAAUCAAAAAGCACACCCAACGCCAUUGGAGUAAAGAAGUCAGCAGGCUGAAAUUGAAAAAGUACUUCCAAAAAAUAGACUGUUUUCUUAAAGACAAACAACAUGACCUGUGCUCUUGGGAGAUCAGUCGUGCAGAAAUGAGGAAAUGUCUCCAACUGAUUGACAAGGUGACAAGGAAACUUAAAAACUAA